GUACCUCUUCUUCGAAGUGUUUACAACUAAUCAGAAAUAAACGCUUUUCUUUCAGCUGUAGAACUCUAACAACACUAGCUUUUCUACCUCUAACUAAACGCAAUGGCAGGGAACUUUUGGCAGAGUUCGCAUUAUUUGCAGUGGGUGCUGGACAAGCAGGAUCUGUUGAAGGAGCGCCAGAAGGACCUCAAAUUCCUCUCUGAAGAGGAGUACUGGAAACUGCAGAUCUUCUUUGCCAAUGUUAUUCAGGCCCUCGGUGAGCACCUGAAGCUUCGUCAGCAAGUCAUUGCCACAGCAACUGUGUACUUCAAGCGUUUCUAUGCCAGGUACUCUCUGAAGAGCAUUGACCCCGUCCUCAUGGCGCCUACCUGUGUCUUCUUGGCCUCUAAAGUUGAGGAAUUCGGUGUGGUGUCCAACACCAGACUCAUCUCUGCAGCCACGUCUGUGUUGAAAACUCGUUUCUCGUAUGCCUUCCCCAAAGAGUUCCCAUACAGAAUGAACCACAUACUGGAGUGUGAAUUCUACUUGUUGGAGCUCAUGGACUGCUGCCUGAUUGUGUACCACCCCUACAGGCCGCUGCUGCAGUAUGUGCAGGAUAUGGGGCAGGAGGACAUGCUGCUCCCCCUGGCAUGGAGGAUAGUGAACGACACGUACAGGACUGACCUGUGUCUCCUCUACCCGCCCUUCAUGAUCGCUCUGGCUUGUCUGCACGUGGCAUGUGUGGUCCAGCAGAAAGAUGCCCGACAGUGGUUUGCUGAGCUGUCUGUCGAUAUGGACAAAAUCCUUGAGAUAAUUCGGGUCAUCCUGAAGCUGUAUGACCAGUGGAAGAACUUUGACGACCGUAAAGAGAUGGCAGCCGUGCUUAACAAGAUGCCCAAGCCUAAACCUCCACCCAAUAGCGAGAAUGACCAGAGCUCCAACGGCAACCAGAACAACUACAGCCAAUCAUAAACCACUGCCAGCAAAGCAACCCCAGGAGCCAUCCAACCAGCAUUCCCCUCCUCUCGCCCCUCCCGCCCACCUCUCUCUCUCUCUCUCUGUCUCACUCUCUCUCUUUCUCUCUCUCUCUUUCUCUCUCUUUCUGUAUAUCUCUCUAUUUCUCUCUCUCUUUCUGUCUCUCUCUC